UGUAAAUCAUAUCUUUUCAGCUGGGAUGUCAAGUAGUCAGCGAGCAGAAAGUGGGCAUGCUUUUUACAAGAGGUUUGUUUCUAAAGAAAACACAUUGUUAGAUUUUAUGGUUCAGUUUAAUCGGGCUGUCACACGUCAACGACAUAUGGAAUUAAUGGAGGACCAUGUUGACAUCAAUGAGAAGCCAAAUUUUCACUCACCCUUUGAGAUGGCAGACCAAAUGGCUCGUGUUUAUACACAUGAAUGCUUUAAACAAUUUUAUGAUCAGUUGUCGCAGUGUUGCAAUUAUAUAUUUGAGCUCUCACAUGAGAAUGAUACGUAUAUGGUGUAUAUUGCACUGAGAAAAAAAAUGGAGAACCCCAAGGGUCAUGAAAUUAUUUAUGCUAAAGAGUCAGAUUUUGUAUCAUGCAGCUGCAAAAAAUUUGAGACGGUCGGGAUACCAUGUAGACAUAUUUUGGCAUUUCUCAUAGUUAUACGACUUGUUGAUAGAUUGCCAGAUCAAUACAUCUUAAAGAGGUGGACGAAAUCAAGAAAAGCUGAGACAGUUCUUGAUGAUGUCGGUGUGGAGAUAACAGAUAAUAGAGAUUUUCUUGCCAGGCGGAGUCGGUUAUGCCAAUAUGCUGUAGAUGUAAUUGAUAAGAUUAUGGGUAGCGAAGAAGCAAGUGAUUUGUUUGUAGAUUCAUUAAAGAGUGUUCUGGAGAUGUAUAAUUCCAUGAUGGCUGAUGGUGAGACUGUUGAGUCUGCAAUAGUGCCAGCUGAACAAAAAAGUCUUCCUUCUCAACACAUUUAUAAUGAACCUAUUCAAGUAAGGGCCAAAGGAUGUGGGAAAAGAUUGAAGGCAGGGAAAGAGAAGGGCAGAUUGAAAGCUGCAAAGAAGGCAAAUGGUAAAGGUAGAUUUUGUCAUGGAUGUAACAAAAAUGACCAGCAACAUGAUAAAAGAAAUUGUCCUGAGUUGAAGAAUAAAAAUGACAUAUCAAUCCCUCAAACUGGAGAGGAUACAAGUGACCCAAGUACGGAUGAGGAAGAGUAUUCCAACACAGGAGUUGAUGAGUUUGCGUAGCAAGCCGAGCAUGAUUGUCCAAAAUUAUUUGUCAUCCCUUGUCGAUUUUAUUUGAUUAUGCACUCAUCUGCAAUGCUAAACAAUUUUCUCAUGUAGGAUUGUUUAAUUUGUAACUAUUGUUACUGUUCAGAGAUG